CGGCCCGGGCCGCGCCGCCCCCUCCCCCGCCCCCGCCGCCCCCUCUUGGGGCCGACCGCGUCGUCAAAGCCGUCCCUUUUCCCCCAACUCACCGGUUGACAUCUGAAGAAGUAUUUGAUAUGGAUGGGAUACCCAGGGUUGAUGUUCUGAAGAACCACCUGGUAAAAGAAGGUCGAGUAGAUGAAGAAAUUGCACUGAGAAUUAUCAAUGAGGGCGCUGCCAUUCUUCGGCGGGAGAAAACCAUGAUAGAAGUAGAAGCUCCAAUUACAGUGUGUGGUGACAUCCAUGGCCAAUUUUUUGAUCUGAUGAAACUUUUUGAAGUAGGAGGAUCACCUGCUAAUACACGAUACCUUUUUCUUGGUGAUUAUGUGGACAGAGGUUAUUUUAGUAUAGAGUGUGUCUUGUAUUUAUGGGUCUUGAAGAUUCUAUACCCAAGCACAUUAUUCCUUCUGAGAGGCAACCAUGAAUGCAGACACCUUACUGAAUAUUUUACCUUUAAGCAGGAAUGUAAAAUUAAAUAUUCAGAAAGAGUCUAUGAAGCUUGUAUGGAAGCAUUUGACAGCUUACCCCUUGCUGCACUUCUAAACCAACAGUUUCUUUGUGUUCAUGGUGGUCUGUCACCAGAAAUACACACUCUGGAUGAUAUUAGGAGAUUAGAUAGAUUUAAAGAGCCACCUGCAUUUGGACCAAUGUGUGACUUGCUGUGGUCUGAUCCUUCUGAAGACUUUGGAAAUGAAAAAUCACAAGAACAUUUUAGUCAUAAUACAGUUCGAGGAUGUUCUUAUUUUUAUAACUAUCCAGCAGUGUGUGAAUUUUUGCAAAACAAUAAUUUGUUAUCGAUUAUUAGAGCUCAUGAAGCUCAAGAUGCAGGCUAUAGAAUGUACAGAAAAAGUCAAACUACAGGGUUUCCUUCAUUAAUAACAAUUUUUUCGGCACCUAAUUACUUAGAUGUCUACAAUAAUAAAGCUGCUGUACUAAAGUAUGAAAAUAAUGUGAUGAAUAUUCGACAGUUUAAUUGUUCUCCACAUCCUUACUGGUUGCCCAAUUUUAUGGAUGUCUUCACAUGGUCUCUACCGUUUGUUGGAGAAAAAGUGACAGAAAUGUUGGUAAAUGUCCUGAGUAUCUGCUCUGAUGAUGAACUGAUGACAGAAGGUGAAGACCAGUUUGAUGAACGGCUCAUAUAUGGCAAUAAAAAAGUAGGUUCAGCUGCAGCCCGGAAAGAAAUCAUAAGAAACAAAAUCCGAGCAAUUGGCAAGAUGGCAAGAGUCUUCUCUGUUCUCAGGGAGGAGAGUGAAAGCGUGCUGACACUCAAGGGCCUGACUCCCACAGGGAUGUUGCCUAGUGGAGUGUUGGCUGGAGGACGGCAGACCUUGCAAAGUGCCACAGUUGAGGCUAUUGAGGCUGAAAAAGCAAUACGAGGAUUCUCUCCACCACAUAGAAUCUGCAGUUUUGAAGAGGCAAAGGGUUUGGAUAGGAUCAAUGAGAGAAUGCCACCCCGGAAAGACGCUGUACAACAAGAUGGUUUCAAUUCCCUGAACACCGCACACACCACUGAGAACCACGGGACUGGCAACCAUAGUGCCCAGUGACCAGCGGCUUCCCAGGGACUCUCAGGUCUCGGGCCCCAAAUGGACAGAUCACCCAAGGAGCUGGAGGGCUCGGCUGAGCUGAUGAUAAAUGUCACAGUCUCUCUGAGGAAACCAUUGUGCUUUUUGAGACCCUUGCUCCCUUCCUGGAUGGAGGCUUGAGCGCCCUGGGACAUGUGCUAUCUAAUAAGAUUGGGUCAUCGCUGCCACAGUGGAGAGCAGUGAGCAAGGGGUUUGGGGCAAUUUCCAGUGGAGGAUAUCUAUUACCUCCAUUUAUGCUUGUGGUUCACACAUUUACGUUUACAAAAGAUUUCCUUUUUCCCCCCUCAGUAGAUUAGAUUUUUUUUUUCAACCAUGACAUUAAAUGCAAUCUUUAGAGCUAAUGUGGACUCCCCUGCCCCAUGAAAUGUCUUUAAAAGGAUGAAUUAGCAUGGUCUUAAAAUGUAUUUCUGAGGUUACUAGCUAUAUUUUGAAUUGUAGGCAAGAAUCUGAGAAACCAAGUUGGUGUUUAUACAAAAUGCUGACCUCAGGUUCUUAAAUGUGGCUAAUUCUGUAACAUAGUCUUGGUAUUUUUCAAUUAAGAAUGCAUAAACUAUUUCUAAGAAGACUCUUACUUGAACACAAAUCCGAAAACCAAUUUAGAAUAUUUUCUGCCCAUAUCUUUUGAGAUUUAUGCCCCAGAGAUUUAAGGGAAAAAACAAAAGCAAAACUAAAUUUUAAAAUUAUGAAGAAUUACAGAAUUACUCAUUUAAGG